AGUUUCAUUCGAGUUAUUAUUCCCGAGUAAGAUGAACCACUUAUUGGCGCUGGUGCUAUUAGCACUUGUUUGUCUUGCCGCCACGUCGUGUUCAGCGACCUCGCUAGCUGGUACACCAUGUGCGACUAAGUGCUCAUCCGGGACGGAAAUUAUAACGUGCCCCACCAAUGAAGUGUUCGCGUGCUGCACAGAAUGCGAGCAGUUAACCUGCGAAAAACGUGUCAGUGACAUUCAGUGCUUCCGUUGCCCGGAUGAGUGUGUCUGUAAGGAAGGAUAUAUUCGUUUAAAGGAAGGUUCACACUGUGUGAAGAUCGAAGAAUGUCCCUAACCGGAAGAUAAUACCUAAAUAAAAAGCGUUGAAUAAAAGAA